AUGCGAGACCCAAAGUCGGACACGUAUCAAGACGCACAAACUCGACCGCAGACCGCCGAACAAAUGCAGUCCGUGCCGCAGAGUAAAGCUGCACGCGUCAGCUUCGAACCACAAGUCGAGAUGUACGAUGCUCCGACACUAGAUCUCCGUCCUUCGUCAACGGGCCAUCAUCGGUCUCAGACUGUGACUUUCAAAGGAAACGGCCAUAUCGAUGUUUCAAAUGGGGCUUCUGGGACGGCAACGUCGGUAUCAGGGUAUUCGUCUGCACGAAUAGCUGAGCCUGUAGCCAAGAGUAUGCGACCGACUCCUACGCUUGUCCGGGCGAAAAGCGACCAUUGGUUGAAGCAUGAGCAAGAUGACGCCGCAAAGGACGACGACGAGGAUUUUGAGCUGAGGCAUGGUUGGCAGGAGGAGUACACGUCGAGCGAAUAUCUGAAGAUAUUAAAUUCCAAUUUUUAUAUGUAUUUCAAUGAAAAGCGCCACGAUACCGGAGGAAUACCGAAGGAACAGACCGGAACCUGGAUGCAACAGGAUUGGCGCAUGAGGGAUCGCUUGAAAACGGUAUCCGCAGCGCUCGCCAUUUGUCUGAACAUCGGCGUUGAUCCUCCAGACGUUGUUAAGACGAACCCCAGCGCGAAACUAGAGUGUUGGGUGGACCCGACUUCGUCAGGCGGUGCGCAAAACAAAGUGAUGGAACAGAUCGGCAAGAAACUGCAAGAGCAAUAUGAGACCUUGAGCCUACGAACUCGAUACAAACAAUAUUUGGAUCCUUCGGUGGACGAAACAAAGAAAUUUUGCAUAUCGCUUCGGCGGAACGCGAAGGACGAGAGAGUACUAUUCCAUUAUAACGGACAUGGCGUUCCCCUUCCGACUGCGUCAGGCGAAAUAUGGGUGUUCAACAAAACAUACACACAGUAUAUUCCCGUGUCCUUGUAUGAUCUGCAGUCUUGGCUUGCAGGGCCUAGCCUAUUUGUUUUCGAUGUUUCUCAUGCUGGUCACAUUGUCACGAAUUUUCAUAAAUUCGUAGAAAAACAUGAAAAGGAGAACGCGGAAGCGUGUAGGAAGGACCCGAAUGCCGUUGUCCAGAAUUACAGUGACUGUAUCCUUCUUGCUGCCUGCGAUAAGACAGAAUCCCUCCCUACAAAUCCCGACUUACCGGCCGACCUCUUUACUUGCUGCUUAACGACCCCUAUCCAGAUCGCUCUCAGAUAUUUCAUGCUUCAAAAUCCUUUGCAGUGCGGAUUCCCUCCGGAUGAGAUCAAGAUUCCCGGACGCCUUCAGGAUCGUCGAAGCCCGCUUGGAGAACUUAACUGGAUUUUCACAGCCAUUACCGACACAAUUGCUUGGAAUACUCUACCACGAGCUCUAUUCAAAAAGCUUUUCCGUCAAGACCUCAUGGUCGCAGCCUUGUUUCGAAAUUUCUUGCUUAGUGAAAGGAUCAUGCGAGCUCAUGAGUGCCGUCCGAUAUCCUCGCCCGAACUACCUGAAACACACACACAUCCCCUUUGGCAGAGCUGGGACCUUGCUGUUGAAAUGGUUCUUUCACAGCUCCCGGCUCUACUGGAGAACGAGGAAGGGAAACGGCAUUACGAGUACCAGCAUUCAAGUUUCUUUUCUGAGCAACUCACGGCUUUUGAAGUCUAUUUGUCGUCAGGACCAACUGAGAGCAACCCGCCGGAUCAGCUACCAAUUGUCCUACAGGUGUUAUUGAGUCAAGCACACCGAUUGCGUGCGUUGAUCCUUCUGAGUAAAUUCCUUGAUCUUGGUCCCUGGGCAGUUCAUCUAGCACUAAGCAUCGGUAUCUUUCCCUAUGUGGUGAAACUAUUGCAAAGUGCUGCCCAAGAACUCAAGCCAGUGAUGGUCUUUAUAUGGGCCAGAAUUAUGGCUGUUGACCAUACAGUUCAACACGAUUUGCUCAAAGACAACGGCAUCCAUUAUUUCAUCAAUAUUCUUAAUCCUAAUACCGGAAUCCCCGUGGGUAAUGUCAGCGAACAUCGUGCAAUGUGCGCGUUUAUCGUCGCUGUAUUUUGCAAGGACUAUCUCCAGGGGCAAAACGUGUGCCUCUCGCCUGAGCUUAUUGAAUUUUGCCUCUAUCACUUGAUGGACGUCGAAAAUCCACUCCUUCGGCAAUGGUGCUGUCUUUGCCUAAGCAUGCUUUGGUACAAUUUUGCUGAAGCAAAGUGGGUGGGAAUUCGGUGUUCCGCUCCAGCAAGGCUCUGUGAACUUGCUAUGGACCCUGUUCCAGAGGUGCGGGCGGCGAUGCUUCAUGCCCUAACGAACUUCAUUGGAAUUCCCGACCUCACGGAUCAAGUGGCUCAGAUUGAAGAGUACCUUGCAGCAAGUAUUGUGCCGAUGGGGAAUGAUGGAAGUGUCGUGGUUAGAAAAGAGCUUUUGGUUUUCUUAUCGACUUUUGUGAAGAGAUAUCAGAAUAAGUUCUUAGUGGCCGCCUACGAGCAGCUUCUGGAAGAGAAACAUAUACUCAGACACACGGUAUCGGGCUCCAAGGACACCCAACCACCACCUUAUCGCGAACGUGGCGUUUCUCACAAUACGAUUUACGGAUCUCUUUGGAAAUUGCUGCUUAUACUCUCUGUCGACCCACAGGAGGAAGUAGCGCAAGAAGCAGGUGUAGUCGUCGACUACGUGUACAAAGUCCUUCUUGAUUCGCCUAUGGGUGGUUUAGCUCAAGAUGCUCGUGACGAGAUCCUUGCUCUCCACAGACGCUCCCAGUCCAAAAAGCCGCAGCCUCUUGAGCUAGUUGAGAUGAAGCGUGCUAGACCAGAAACUCCUCCGGCUCAAGCAUCCGGUAAAUCAGAAGGAUAUUUUUCGUUGAGUCUAAGGAGAACAGCAAGUGUUGCUGCAUCUUUGAAAAACCUUGCGUUCGGAUCUUCCGCUGCUGACCAGCGCCCUGCCUCGCCUCUUAACCCAUCCGGUAAACCGACGAUAAGCAAGAACCGAGUGACCAUUACUCCACGCGGCCGUGCCCCUCCUGAAUGGACUCGACCUCCGGAAGUGAAUGAUCAACCAGUCUCCACUGGUCAGUAUGGUCAAGCACCUACUCCACCCUCAAGGGGUUUCAAGCCUAGGGACUUGACAAAAGAGCCUUCAAUCCCUCUAAAGAGCAGGUUUCUAAGUUGGUCAACCGAGUAUUUCCGCGAACCUCAAAUGAAACCGAAUGAACCAGACGAACCCGGCAGUGCUGACUAUAACCAACGUCUGUGGCGGCGCGCUAGAAACGAGAAAAUUAUCGUUGAAACCCAACAAAUGAAAGACAAAGGUGGAAGCGGCCGAUGGGAUGUGGCAUCAUCCCUGAUGAAUAACCCCAGUCAGCCAGCUAAGAUGUGUUUUCAUCAGUUUGAGGACCAUCUCGCGGUUGCUGAUGACCGGGAUACUAUCUGUAUAUGGGAUUGGCAAAAUAAUUCCCGGCUUAGUCGGUUCUCCAACGGGAAUCCAUUGGGCUCUAGGAUCAAUGAAGUUCGGUUUAUCAAUGAAGACGACCAGGCUCUCUUGAUGACUGGCUCUUCCGACGGAGUUUUGAAAAUUUUCCGUAACUACGAGUCUAAUCGAAAGGCUGAAUUAGUCACUAGUUUCCGUGCGCUACCUGAGCUAAUCCCGAGCAACAAGAAUGCUGGUCUUGUUAUGGACUGGCAACAGGGACAAGGCAAGGCACUUGUCGCCGGGGAUGUGAAAGUCAUUCGGGUUUGGAACGCAGCCACUGAGGUGUGCACGGUUAGGGCGGGAGUAAGAGAACUUAUAUCUGGCAGCCGCAACGGCGAAAUUAAACUAUGGGAUUUGAGAAUGGACCAUUCCAUCGAUACUAUACAAGCCACAAAGGACACGCUACGAACCCUUAGUGUGCAUGAACAUGCGCCUGUUUUCUCUAUUGGAACCAAUCGCCAUGAAGUCAAAACCUUCAACGCCGACGGACAAUACCUCUCCUCCUUCGAGCCUCACGGCAGCUUCUUACACCACAGUCGCACAUCUCCUGUCGUCGGUACCGCCUUUCAUCCACAUAGAAUGGUCAUGGCUUGUUCAACUCUCUACGAUAAUUAUAUCAAUCUUGUUUCAUGCUGA